CCCCGAUCUCCCGAGUAGGUUUGCCUCCUCCUAGCUUCUGUUUCUGAGCAAGAAGAAGACGAUGGACAUAGCUCUCUUUUCCCCAUCUUCACUUUUCCAUGACGACGAGGAUGACACUUCCAGUGGUGAGGAAGACACAGAGAGCCAGCAAAGCUACGUCGAGAGGAGGCACAAGUUUCCGGGGAUGGAGUUGGUCAUCCGAGAAUUUUCGUUUCAUCAGCUGAAUGCCAAUUUACUCUGGCCUGGGACAUUUGCAAUUGCAGAAUGGUUAGUUGAACACAGGCCAUCAAUUGAAGGACGGCAUUGUCUUGAACUGGGCAGUGGCACUGGUGCUUUGGCCAUUUUUCUACGAAGAUUGCUUAAUCUUGACAUCACUACCUCAGACUAUAAUGAUCAGGAAAUUGAAGAAAAUAUAGCUCAUAACUGCAGGGUAAAUGGAAUUACACCUGUCCUUCCUCAUAUAAAGCAUACCUGGGGUGACACUUUCCCUACUGCUGAUCCAGACUGGGACCUGAUUAUUGCUAGUGAUAUUUUGUUGUAUGUGAAGCAGUAUGCAAAUUUGAUAAAAACCCUUUUGUUUCUCCUCAAAUCUUACAAGCCGAAGGAUAAUAAUGCCCGGCCUCAAGCAAAGGACGAGCAGAGUGGCGGACAAUCGUUCAGUUUGCCCCGGCCUGCAUUUCUAAUGAGUUGGAGACGCAGAAUUGGAAAAGAGGAUGAAUCACUCUUCUUCUCUGGUUGCGAAGAUGCUGGUCUUGAAGUAAAGCAUCUGGGAUCUCGUGUAUAUUGCAUCAAACCAUGAGAAACAACUACCGAUGGCGACCAAAGAGAGAUUAUUUAGAAGCUACAUUUGGUAGAGAAGUAGCCAUUCAAGAAUUGAUUUAUCUGCAGUUGUAUAUUUCUUAAUUUUUUUUUAUUUUGUAAGUCAAGGUUGUUUAAAAAUGGUUUUUGUUCAUCUGAAUGAAUGAGCGGGGAGGGAGCAGGAAGGGUUUUCCAA